AAAUUCCAAGGACUUAUCAAUGAGUAGAAAAAUUCCAAGGACUUAUCAAUGAGUAGAAAAAUAAGAAGGUUAACGAGAACUGAUCGGUAUCUCUGCAUCUUCUAGAAACCUACAUAUUAAUACUAGUUAAUGCAAUGCGGCUAUUGUUCCGUCUUGGGCAUAAUUAAAAUUGACGAAGAGAACGUUGGGAUGGAAUGCUGCACUGCUGCCUUCCACAACUACAUUCUUCGCAGCUGCCUUUUGGGUCUGCGCGCUGGCCAUGUCAAAUUUAUCACUAUACCUUCUUCGGUGGCCACUAUAAAUUGUUGCCUUUUGCCGGUGAAGAUGCUGGCUUUGGCAUCCUUUUGCGUCGCUCCUCUGGGCAACCCGCUCUUCUUUGCCAUCGCUUUAUGUUUUGAGUCCUGGACAGCACCGCAGGCAACAUUAUUUGACGUAACCAAAGUAAUUUUAAUUUUCACCGCAGCACUCGCAAAACAUCAGCGUCGGGCCGCCCAGGCCGCCCAGGACGCCAAAGGGAGCCCAGGAGCCCAGAAGCCCAGGACCACCAAGUGGCACUACAAUGCACUCUGUGGAGAUGUGGAGUUGUGGAUGGGUCGGUGGUGGGUGGUGGGUGCAGUCGGUACUGGAUGCAGUGGUGCUGGAUGCCCGGGAAACUGGGGAUUGGGAGUCUGGUUACUUAAGCAUAUUGCAAAUAGACUGCAUAAUGAGCUACGCUUUGCUUUUCAAGACACUCAGGUGGAAAUCGAGUGAACGAAGGCUAACGAGAAAUGGCUGCAAAAGCAUUGAACCA